GUCCCCGCGCGGAGCAGCCGCUGACAUCACGCGGCCUGAGACGGCGGCGGCGCCCCCGGCCCAGCCCCGCAGCCCCCUUGGCAGAGGCGCCGCCGUGGUGCCCGGCGGAGGAUGGUGCGCGGCGCGCCGGGGGCUCCCCGCCGCCAAAGCCGCAGCGCCGCAGCGGAGCCGGCCGCGGCGGGCAGUCGGCCCCCGCACCGGGCGCGGGGCGGGCGGCCGCGGUGAAGCGCGGAGGGCGGCGCGGGCACCGGGGCCUGGCCGGGGCUGCAGCCGCAGCGGCCAUGGGGGCCCUGACGAGCCGGCAGCACGCGGGCGUGGAGGAGGUGGACAUCCCGUCUAAUUCCGUGUACCGCUACCCGCCCAAGUCCGGAAGCUAUUUUGCCAGCCACUUCAUUAUGGGAGGAGAGAAGUUUGACUCAACUCAUCCUGAAGGUUACCUGUUUGGAGAGAACAGCGAUCUGAACUUUCUGGGGAACAGACCAGUUGUGUUUCCUUAUGCCGCCCCACCUCCCCAAGAACCCGUGAAGACUCUGAGAAGCCUGGUCAAUAUCCGAAAGGACACACUGAGGCUCGUCAAAUGUGCUGAGGAAGUGAAGAGCCCUGGAGAAGAGGCCAGUAAAGCUAAAGUCCACUACAAUGUUGAGUUCACCUUUGACACAGAUGCUCGGGUAGCCAUCACCAUCUAUUACCAGGCCACGGAAGAGUUCCAGAAUGGUAUUGCCAGCUACAUUCCCAAAGACAACAGCCUCCAGUCGGAGACUGUGCAGUACAAGCGAGGAGUGUGUCAGCAGUUCUGCCUGCCCUCCCACACCGUGGAUCCCUCCGAGUGGGCCGAAGAGGAGCUUGGCUUUGAUUUAGACCGAGAAGUUUACCCUCUAGUGGUACAUGCCGUGGUGGAUGAAGGAGACGAGUAUUUUGGCCAUUGCCAUGUACUGCUGGGUACUUUUGAGAAGCACACAGAUGGAACUUUCUGUGUCAAGCCCCUCAAACAGAAACAAGUAGUAGACGGGGUCAGCUACCUCCUUCAGGAGAUCUAUGGAAUUGAAAACAAGUACAACACACAAGAUUCUAAGGUGGCUGAAGACGAAGUGAGUGAUAACAGUGCCGAGUGUGUGGUGUGUCUCUCGGAUGUCCGGGACACCUUGAUUCUGCCCUGUCGCCACCUCUGCCUCUGUAACACCUGUGCAGACACGCUGCGCUACCAGGCCAACAACUGUCCCAUCUGCCGACUGCCCUUCCGGGCACUGCUUCAGAUCCGAGCCAUGAGGAAAAAAUUGGGCCCCUUGUCCCCAACCAGCUUUAACCCCAUCAUCUCAUCCCAGACAUCUGAUUCUGAAGAGCAUUCAUCCUCAGAGAAUAUUCCACCAGGCUAUGAAGUAGUAUCUCUUCUGGAGGCCCUCAACGGGCCCCUCACCCCGUCCCCAGCAGUUCCUCCACUUCACGUGCUUGGAGAUGGCCACCUCUCAGGAAUGCUCCCUUCAUAUGGCAGUGAUGGCCACCUGCCCCCCGUCAGGACGAUCUCGCCUCUUGACCGCCUGUCUGACAGCAGCAGUCAGGGACUCAAACUCAAAAAGAGUCUCUCCAAAUCCAUUUCCCAAAACUCUUCCGUGCUGCAUGAAGAGGAAGAUGAGCGUUCCUGCAGCGAGUCGGAGACACAGCUCUCUCAGAGACCGUCGGCUCAGCAUCUCGGAGAGGAAUGUGGUGUGACUCCAGAAAGUGAGAAUCUCACCUUGUCGUCAUAUGGAGCUAUUGACCAGUCGUCUUGCACAGGGACGCCUCUGUCAUCCACUAUUUCCUCCCCAGAAGGCCCUGCCAGCAGCAGCUUGGCCCAGUCUGUCAUGUCCAUGGCAUCCUCCCAGAUCAGCACUGACACCGUCUCCUCCAUGUCUGGCUCCUACAUCGCCCCUGGCACUGAAGAGGAUGGAGAGGCUCUCUCUUCCCCCCAGCCUGCCAGCAGGGCCCCCUCAGAAGAAGGAGAGGGGCUGCCAGCGGAGUCUCCAGACAGCAACUUUGCUGGCCUCCCAGCUGGAGAGCAGGAUGCAGAGGGAAAUGAUGUUAUAGAGGAAGAGGAUGGAUCACCCACGCAGGAAGGUGGCCAGAGGACAUGCGCAUUUCUAGGUAUGGAGUGUGACAAUAACAAUGACUUUGACAUCGCAAGCGUGAAAGCACUGGACAAUAAGCUGUGCUCUGAGGUCUGCUUACCUGGUGCCUGGCAGGCUGAUGACAAUGCCGUCAGUCGGAAUGCCCAGCGCCGGCGCUUGUCAUCCAGCAGCCUGGAGGACUCUGAGACGAGGCCCUGUGUGUGGGGCCCUUUGGCUGUCUGAGCCCCAGCCUCUGCACUUGGGCUCCCUUCCUGCCCUGCAUUCCAUCCAUCCUCACUCAGCUGCUGCCUACUGGGCAUCCUCAGCAAGAUGCUGGAGACUUUUUACCCUCCUGUGACAGCUGUUACAACCUGUAACCACAAUCCCUCACCUCUCAGAGGGAACUGGAACCCUCCUUUCUCCAUGUGACCUAAAGCCACUCAAUGAACUGCAGCUCACGAGACCUUUUGCAGGGACUCUGGAAUGUCCCCACGGUAUAUUGAUGUUCAGGUGGAGCUGGGGUCCAUGGGCUAAUUUUUUACACAUCUUUUUUCUCCUUAGGGGGUAGAACAAGAAGGCUUAGAGUUUGGCAGCUUUGUUACAAACAUCCCUCUGGCAUUUCCUGGUCUCUGGCACAUCAUAACCAACUGGAAACCUGCAGUUUGGGGUAGGGCUGGAGGAUCGCUCCUGUGGAAAGGGAGAGCCAUACUGCAUGGACGUAGCGUUUCCCUCCACAAGCAGUAGGAGCACCUUUCUCAAGGACAAGAAAUGGUAGCAACCAAAAGGUUGGUUGAAGGAAACAAUCCUUCCUUCUGGUGGCAGAGCCAGUCUUCUGGGCCUCACGUGCCUGUGCGGUUAAGAAGGAGCUCCUGGCCGGGCGCGGUGGCUCACGCCUGUAAUCCCUGCACUUUGGGAGGCCGAGGCGAGUGGAUCAUGAGAUCAGGAGAUCGAGACCAUCCUGGCUAACACAGCGAAACCCCGUCUCUACUAAAAAUACAAAAAAUUAGCCGGGCAUGGUUGCAGGCGCCUGUAGUCCCAGCUACUUGGGAGGCUGAGGCAGGAGAAUGGCCUGAACCCGGGAGGCGGAGCUUGCAGUGAGCCGAGAUCGCGCCACUGCACUGCAGCCUGGGCGACAGAGACCGUCUCAAGAAAAAAAAAAAAAAAAGAAGGAGCCCUUGAAUCUGAGAAUCCCCCAGUUAAGAUGAUUUCCCUUAAGGAGCAUUUCUUCUGAUCAGGUGCAUUCAGGGAGGCCUGCGACUCCAUCCUAAGGUGACAUUUCAAGAAACACAUGUGUUGACCACCUCUGUAUGCCAAGCACUGGGUGAGGAGUGGUCAUAUAUUACCAUAAUUCAUCCUCACUCACUUGGGAGGUGGCAUUCUUGUCCCUGUUGCCCCCAUCUCUACCCCCUUUUGUUAAUGGUUGAGAGAAAUGUGGACCAGUGAUUCUCAGUUUGGUGCCCAGGUCCCCCAAGGAAGUGAUGGAGAGCCUUGAGCUAAGUUCAGGCAGCAGCAUGUGGCCAGCAGCAGUGUGCUGGGAGCAGAGGUUGGAAUCAGGGCUCAGGGCCUUCACUUCAAGGGCCCUCCCCAGCUACUCGGGAGGCUGAGGCAGGAGAAUCGCUUGAACUCAGGAGGUGGAGGUUGCGGUGAGCCAAGAUCGCGCCACUGCACUCCAGCCUGGGCUACAAGAUUGAAAAGAUCGAAACUCUGUCCCAAACAACAACAACAAAAAAAUUCAAGGCUGUUUCCAAGGCAGAUAGCCUCAAAAAGAGCCUGGUGCCCAGGGGGUCCUUCGUUUCUGUGUGGCUGCAGAGGCCAGGAGUGCAGUGACUGUCUCACUGCCUAAUGGUUGUGGCUCACAUCCUGCCCUGAUGGAGAGGGGAGCCCGUCGUCCAACCCUCUCUGAAAAACUGCAGUAGACUUUACCAUUUCAGGCCCCACCUAAUGUUCUUUCCUUCCUUCCCCCUACAUUCUUCCCGCCCCUUUCAUAGUUAAGAUGCAUAAGUUGAGCAAUAACCCCACUUCCUGAUUUCCCUGAAAUAUGAGCCCAGAAGCAGCAGGUGACAGGGAGCUUCCCUUACCCUGGGGUGGUGGCACACAGACCACCUCCUGUCCUGUCCCCUGCAGGUAGUAUUCACAGUGUGGUGUUACCUGGGAGGAGGGAGGAAGGAGCUGAGAUGAAGGAGAUUCAGGUAAACAGUAGCCACAGUGGCCAGGACCCCCUUCCUGAGGAUCCCUGUCCUUCCUCGCAGCAGGUGCUCAGUCCUCCUAGGGAGAAGCAUGGAAAGAUUCCUCAAGGCCUCAGUCCCAUGUCCAAGGCAUACCUAGGCUAGAAAUGUCCUUUACUUGUUUCUCAGUUACUAUUUCUCCUCUUCCUCCCUCCCCCUGCCUUCUCUUGGCUGUCAUUUAGCUCUCUGGCCCACAGAAAUACUCCAUCCAAGGAGCUGGUCCUCAGUCAGCCUGAUGAGGACAGGUCAGUGGCCAACCCUUUUGCCCCAGUCGUUCAUCUGGAGACAGUCACAUAGUCACGUCAACAGUUCACCCAAAGAGAAGAGGUGGGACCUGGCUUCUCCCACAGGGCACAGCCUAACUAUGGAGACCCAGGGCUCCUUCCUGCUGCACUAGGCCUGUGCUCUCCCUAUUGCCUUCAGGUGGUGUGAUCCCGGCUUCCUCACAGAGCCCUUUUUUCCUUCUGCCCAGCUCCAUCCCACCAGAGUUUCUACCCCCACUGAGGCAUCUCCUGGGCACAGACCACCACACUCUAAGCCGGCUCACCCGGGAGUUAAAGUCCUGCCCACCUCACCUGGGAGUUGGGGUCCUGCCCACCUGGAGUUUAGCACGCUGGUCGCUCACUUUGCUUUGGUCUGCACACCUGGUGUGUGCAUGUGUAUAAUGCUUGUGCCAUCUGUGUACCCCUCUCCCUGGAGUACACUUGUGGUCACACUACAGUGGGGACAUCAAGAAUGCAAUAUUUAUGGAUUGCUGCAUGAUUCUUAAAAAUGAAUAAAACUGUUUACAAGGGAA